GCCUCAUUUUUAGAUGGCUGUAAGCCACCAUGUGGUUGCUGGGAAUUGAACUCAGGACCUCUGGAAGAGCAGUCAGCGCUCUUAACCUCUGAGCCAUCUCCCCAGUUCCCAGAUCAUCACACUUUAAAACAUAAAUACACUUUUUCGUUUAGUUCACGUCGGCAGUGAGUGCUUCACCACUUGGCUACCGCUCCAACUGAUACACUAUAGUUGCUUGAUUUUUAGAUUUAUCUGUGUGUGUUUGUGUGUGUGCUCUAGUGCUUGCGCACAUACUGUCAAGCUUGGAGCUUGGAGGUGUCUGAUCCCCAUGGAGCUGGAGUUACAGGGAAUUGUGAGCCACCUGAUAUGGCUGCUGAGAACCUAACUCGGGUGCUCUAGAAGGAUAAGAGUAAGCAGUAAGCACUCCCCCCCCACACACACACAGAGUUUCUCUGUAGCUUUCGAGCCUGCCUUGUAGACCAAGCUAGCCUUGAACUCCACAGAGAUCCUGCCUCUGCCUCCCAAGAGCUGGGAUUAAAGGUGUGCGCCAGCAAUGCCAGGCAGCAGUUUUAACUGCUGAGCCAUCUCUCCAGCCUCAUUGUUUUGGGGACAGUUGCAUCCUGUAACUCUACUUAGCUUAGACUUUGGAAUUGUCUAUGUAUAUUAAGCUGGUCUUAGACUUUCUUUUGGCGGGACAGGGACUCACUAUGCACCUCUGGCUGGCCUGGAUUUCACAGCUCCGCUUGCCUCUGAUGCCCAAGUGCUGGGAUUAGAGGCAUGUACUACACUAUACUGGCUCCACUAUUUUUUGUUUUGUAUUUUUUUUUAAACAGAGUUAAGAUUUUAUAUGACCAAAAUGAAAACCUGCUCUUCUUUGCAACACAGAGAAGAUACCUAUGGAAACACAGAAAAACAAACUGGAACAGUUUCCUUCAGAGGGCUCCAACAAGAUCAAGUGUGGAAAUAAGGCUGUAACCUGCUAGAAGGCACUCCAAACUGUAAAACGGUGGCUUUCUAGCUGUGCCUUGCCUUCUGUGGGUCACCUGACACCCCUCCCACCGCCCCAAGAUUUUACUGUGCAGUCCUGGUUGGCCUCUUGAUCACAUACCCGGAGGGGACACCAUCCCCAGCGGGGGCCCUCCUGGACGUACACAUAAAUGCGCGCGCGCGCGCGCGCGCGCGCGUGUGUGUGUGUGUGUGUGUGUGUGUGUGUGUGUGACCACAGCUAGCAUGCGAAGAUCGGAGAACAAAUCGCAGGAGUUGUUUCACUUCUUCCACCAUGUGUUUCCCGAGGAAUGGAACUCGAGUUAGUAGCAGUCAUCACGCCCCCUGCGUAGCUCCAUUUUACAAAGUAGCAUUUGGUUCCAUUUUGAAUGGCGGUGAGGCCCAAGCAGGGAAGUAGACAUGGGCGCUACCAAAAAUGCAUGCCCAGAAGCUGCCCUCCUGGCCCAACCAGUCCUUUCAUUAUGUGUCCAGUUCCCGGUUCAGCAGAGGCCUGGGGGGAAGUCUGUAAUGAGUCCCUGUAUGAAAGUGCAAGACCAGAACAGCAAUAAAAGCUGAGGCGGUCGCUGUACAAAUUGGAGCCAGAGCCCGGAGUCACCCCGCGGACCUGGUGCCCCUCUAAACUGCAGGUUGAGCCCGACUCUCGCCCACGGCACGCUGGCACCGGGAAGCUAGCCGGCUGGGCUCCGGAGGGUGCUCCACACCUACAAACAACGACUCUGUUACUCCUGAGAGCGGCCCAUUGUCCUUGUUCCAUAGAGUAGGAGCGCCUCCCCCGUCCACAGCAUACCAUCCGAGGCGCAGCAGAGAAUGUCUUGGGAAGGCGGUGCUGGUGGGCGCAGGAGAGGGCAGCGGGCACUCCUGGCCGUGCCGGUUAUCUAGAGAGAACCUCAGCCGGGUCUCUCGGGUCCCCUCCCAAGCCUAGACCCUCUCGAUCCGGAGGAAGGCUUGAAGGUCCAUGAGAUCUUCCUGGAAGCCGACUUGUGGGGCUGGCCCCUCCGUGGUCUGUCCCUGCUGCACAGGAGCUGACCUUCAUUCAUCACCACCGUAGCCUCGACUUUCCUGAGACUAGACCACCUCUCUCUCGGGGCGCGCUAUUCCACGCGCAAGCCGUGGCCCCGAGUCGGGCCCACCGAGAUCCCGGGCGCUGGCCUCCCACCCCGCCCCCUCGUGGUGCUCCCAGCGGCAGCGGGUGAUGCGGCCCCUUUAAAUCCCGGUCGCCCCGCCCUUCGCCGUCGACUCGGCGGCGGUCCCGGAUCCAGCCGGGCCGCGGCUCUUGCCGCCUUGCCCAACCCUGCCCGGCCCCGGCCUCUGACCGAGGCCGCUAGUGCCGCGCGCCGCGGAGGAGCAGCCCGUCCGGCUCCCGCCCGUCCCUAUUCCCGCCCAGACCGUAGCCGCCUCUCCCGGGCCCGCAGCUCCCCCGCGCUCCGGGGCCGGGGCCCCCGCCGCCUCCCGGCCCCCGCGCCCCGGCCCCGGUUCCCCGGGCCAUGCGGCCUCGGCCCCGCCGGCGCCCGCCGCGCACUGGGGGAGAUGAGGCUCCGCAAUGGCACCUUCCUGACGCUGCUGCUCUUCUGCCUGUGCGCCUUCCUCUCGCUCUCCUGGUACGCGGCGCUCAGCGGCCAGAAAGGUGACGUGGUGGACAUUUACCAGCGGGAGUUUCUGGCACUGCGAGACCGUUUGCACGCGGCUGAGCAGGAGAGCCUGAAGCGCUCUAAGGAGCUAAACCUGGUGCUGGACGAGAUCAAGAGGGCAGUGUCUGAGAGGCAGGCUCUGCGGGACGGAGAGGGCAAUCGUACUUGGGGACGCCUAACUGAGGAUCCGCGACUGAAGCCGUGGAACGUCUCGAACAGGCACGUGCUUCAUCUGCCCACUGUCUUCCACCAUCUGCCACAUCUGCUGGCCAAGGAGAGCAGUCUGCAACCCGCAGUGCGGGUGGGCCAGGGCCGCACGGGAGUGUCCGUGGUGAUGGGCAUUCCAAGCGUGAGGCGCGAGGUGCACUCGUACCUGACUGACACAUUGCACUCGCUCAUCUCGGAGCUGAGCCCACAGGAGAAGGAAGACUCAGUCAUCGUGGUGCUGAUCGCCGAGGCGAACCCACAGUACACCUCGGCAGUGACAGAGAACAUCAAGGCCUUGUUCCCCACAGAGAUCCAUUCUGGGCUCCUGGAAGUCAUCUCCCCUUCCCCUCACUUCUACCCUGACUUCUCCCGCCUUCGAGAGUCCUUUGGGGACCCCAAGGAGAGAGUCAGGUGGAGGACCAAACAGAACCUCGAUUACUGCUUCCUCAUGAUGUACGCACAGUCCAAAGGCAUCUACUAUGUGCAGCUGGAGGACGACAUUGUAGCCAAGCCCAACUACUUGAGCACUAUGAGGAACUUUGCCCUCCAGCAGCCCUCUGAGGACUGGAUGAUCCUGGAGUUCUCCCAGCUGGGCUUCAUCGGGAAGAUGUUCAAAUCAUUGGAUCUGAGCCUGAUUGUGGAAUUCAUCCUUAUGUUCUACCGAGACAAGCCCAUCGACUGGCUUCUGGACCACAUCCUGUGGGUCAAAGUCUGCAACCCUGAGAAAGAUGCGAAACAUUGUGACCGGCAGAAGGCCAACCUCCGGAUCCGCUUCAAGCCGUCCCUCUUCCAGCAUGUGGGCACUCACUCCUCACUGGCGGGCAAGAUCCAGAAACUGAAGGAUAAAGAUUUUGGAAAACAUGCUCUACGGAAGGAGCAUGUGAACCCCCCAGCGGAGGUGAGCACAAGCCUCAAGACGUACCAGCAUUUUACCCUGGAGAAGGCCUACUUGCGAGAGGAUUUCUUCUGGGCCUUCACACCUGCUGCAGGAGACUUUAUCCGCUUCCGCUUCUUCCAGCCACUGCGCCUUGAGCGGUUCUUCUUCCGUAGCGGAAACAUUGAGCACCCAGAAGAUAAACUCUUCAACACUUCCGUGGAGGUGUUGCCCUUUGACAACCCACAGUCAGAGAAGGAGGCCCUUCAGGAGGGCCGCUCAGCCACUCUCCGGUACCCUAGGAGCCCUGAUGGUUACCUCCAAAUUGGCUCCUUCUACAAGGGUGUGGCCGAGGGGGAAGUGGAUCCUGCCUUUGGGCCCCUGGAAGCACUGCGCCUCUCCAUCCAGACUGACUCCCCCGUGUGGGUCAUCUUGAGUGAGAUUUUUCUGAAAAAGGCCGAUUAAAUGGAAGGUUUCCAAGGGUGCUCCAUGGCCGGCUCUGGAGCCCACGGUUCCAAGGGUGGUGUUGCUGCUGCUGCUGCUGCUGCUGCCGCCGCCGCCCCAAAGGACCAGGCAUAUCCACCCCACCCAAAGGGUUCUGCCUGGCAGGCGGCUCGGGCUGGCCUGGGGUCCACCGCUGGCCCGGAGGCCCCAGAAGCUGGUGCUGCGCCGGGCCGCGAGAGGAGACAGGCGGCCCCCACACUGUGCCUGAGGGCCGGCCUGCUGCCGCCCAAAAAGAACCGAACCGUUUGCCCCUGGCCGGUCGGCUUGAGCCAGGCCGUUUUAGAAGAGCUUUUUCUUGGGCGCCCGCUCUUUGCGGCGCGAACACUGGAAUGCAUACACUACUUUAUGUGCUGUGUUUUUUAUUCUUGGAUACAUUUGAUUUUUUCACGUAAGUUCGCAUAUACUUCUAUAAGAGCGUGACUUGUAAUAAAGGAUUAAUGAAGUGUA